UGUUUUAACAGCUGUAUAUUAUCGAUCUGCAGGUCUGUGGCCAACGAUCGCUUCAGUGUGUGGAAGCUGGGCAUCACUCGCGUCCUGAACGCUGCUCACGGGAAGAUGCACUGCCAGGGCAGCCACCAGUUCUACGGCUCAACAGUCGAGUAUUACGGCGUCCCCGCUGACGAUUCACCAUCGUUUAACUUGUCGGUUUAUUUUCACCCCUGUGCUGAUUAUAUAAAGGAGGUUCUCAGUUCUCCGGGAGAGCGUGUUCUGGUUCACUGUGCGGUCGGUGUGAGUCGCUCAGCGUCUCUGGUUCUGGCUUAUCUCAUGAUACACCAGCAUCUUUCUCUACUGGAGGCUAUUAAAACGGUCAAAGAGCACCGCUGGAUCUUCCCAAACCGAGGCUUUCUCAAACAGCUGCGGGCUCUGGAUGCAACUCUACGCUGAUCUGAAUCCUGCAUAUAAACACCAACAACACACCAGCAGCACCAGCCGGAGUCAGACUGGGGAAAAAGGGUUACUGCAUAUAAUAAUACCACAGAAGAUCCACUUUGGGGUUCCCAAAGAUCCUUUCAGCGAGCAGUUCUUAAUACAAUCAUUUUUAGUGUGAAUAUUUUAAUAAACUAAAGAACAUUUUUCCAGUAUAAAGAACGAAUGAAAUGUUCCAUGGAUGUGAAAGGUUCUUUACGGAACCAUCAACACCAAGAUAAGAGUGUAGCAAGAUUAGUAGUAAAAUGUAAUUAAUUACUCUAUAAUUAAUUACUUAAGAUUUAUUAUAUAUUUAACAAGAUAAUACAUGUAUUUUUACUAUGAAUUGUUUUCUUACUUAUAAUUUAUAGUGAAAAAUAAAUGGUUCCCAAAAGUCCCCAUUAUUAUUAUUAUUA